ACAGCUAAAAUAAUCAGUUAAAAUGGAUCAUCAAAUUAAAAAGUUUUAUUGUUUGAUAGUUUUGUGAAAAAAUAUGUUUUUUAAUGCGAUAUAAUGAAUAAAAUUGAAAUUAUUUACUGAUGGUUUCUAUCGAAAUUUGCGUGCAGUCUUGUGUUGAGCGACAUGCGCUAUCACGUUGGUAAGCGGUUUAUAUGGCAGUGACAGAAACGGAAAAAAACUGGAGUAGCAUCAGUUGGUGCUAUAUGACAACAGUACUAUUAUUUCUAAUCUAUGGUGUUUUUGUUAUCAAACAACAAUGAGGAAACUUUUACUGUUAUUUUGUAUAGCAUGGUUCUCUAAUGAGGGGGUUUCUCUAUCCCUUGAUCCAGUUGCCUCAAACGAACUAGAAACCCACAUAAAACAUGAUUUCAUCAUUUCUCUCAGGCAUAUACGGCCUCGAAGAAAAUUCCGUUUAUCUAUAGAAGCACUGUUCAUGAUCGAUUUUCCAACAGCCAAGAACAAAUUUUCAUUCUAUUUAGAUCGAAAAGGGAAAAGAGUUACUGUGGAUAUUAACUCAAAUGCCAACACAUAUUCAAAGUAUCUCGAAAUUCCUGGAAUGAAUGAAACAACUACUAUACGUUCAUUGGCUAUAUUAUUUAGCCAGAAUUCAUUGGUGCUUUUCAUUGACUGUAAGGAAGGAGCUAGACUAGAUUUAGACAUCGAUAUUUCGAAACUGUACCUGAAUCAGGAUGAUCCAAAUGUUAAAUUAUUUAGGGAACGCAAAUAUCCAUUGCACCUGGACUCAUCUGUUGAAAAUGCACUAUCCAGAACGAGCUGCCAAAAUUUGCUGAAACGUAAAAAUUCGAAAAAAUCUGGGUCUGCUGAAAAACUUCUUAAAAACAAGAAAUCGGUCUACGAACAAGCGGAAGAUGGCAUAACCUAUGAACGAAAUAAGAAACGAGAUGUGCGUAAUUGGUAUCGGGGAAAUGACAAAUACCGGGAGGAAAGAUACGAUGUACGUAAUACCAAUACCAGAGGGGACAUACCGAUCAUGCAUGGCGAUUGCGAUGAAAAUCUUGCAAGGUCACUCAAUGAAUUAAUUCAAAUGGUUCGAGAACUUCGUGAGGAGGUGAGGAGACAACGAGAGGAAAUUCAGCAGCUCAGGAGUUUGAUUGAAAAUUGUGCAGGUUGUCAAAAAGCGCCAACACAGUUGCGUGAAAGUUGUCAGCAUAACAACCCCUGUUUCCCAGGUGUACAUUGCUAUGACACUCAAACCGGCAUGAGGUGCGGACAUUGCCCUCGAGGAUACGUAGGAGAUGGUAUAAAUUGCAAGCCUGGAGUGACUUGCGCCGAAAAACCAUGUUUCUCCGGCGUCCAGUGUUACGAUACUACCGAAGGUGCGCAGUGUGGACCGUGCCCGGAUCGUUUUGAAGGAGACGGGAGAACUUGCCGAAUGAGGAAUCUAUGUGACGAUAGCAUGUGUGCUGCAGGUGUUCAGUGUACUACGAUUGAUCACGCGCCCUAUUAUAAAUGUGGAGCAUGCCCUGUUGGAUUCAAAGGAAAUGGAACGGUGUGUCAUGAUAUCGACGAGUGUGAUCUAAUUGAACCAUGUGAUGUGCGGGUACGUUGUACAAACUUAAUUCCUGGGUUCCGAUGUGAACCUUGCCCACCUGGUUUUACUGGACUACACAGUGGUGGUUUACAUGCGGCAACGUUCGAGUACGCUUUGCAAAGACAAAGAUGCAACGACAUUGACGAGUGCGCAGACGGAGCGACACGCUGUGGUCUAAACUCAGUGUGUAUCAACACUGAAGGUGCAUUUGAAUGCCAGUGCAACAGGGGGUUUGUUCGUAACUCUACCUACGGAUGUUUCCCUGUAGAAGGGAUGUGCUUGGAUGGAACCGUAUGCGACAAAAAUGCAGUUUGUCGUCAUGCCGGUAGCAAUACAUAUAAAUGCAAAUGUAAAGUCGGUUGGGCAGGAGAUGGAUUUCACUGCGGCCCGGAUAGAGAUCUAGAUGGAUGGGCAGAUUUUGACCUUGGAUGUGCGGACAGUAGAUGUCGUCAAGAUAACUGUGUGUAUGUUCCAAACUCUGGCCAAGAAGAUGCCGACAAGGAUGGUAUCGGAGAUGCCUGCGAUCAAGAUGCCGAUAACGAUGGCGUGAUGAACAGCCCAGACAACUGUCCAUUGGUACAUAACCCGGAUCAAUUGGAUACUGAUAAAGAUGGAGGAGACAAACAGGGUGAUGCUUGUGACAAUUGUCCGACUAUUGCCAAUAUCGACCAGCACGAUGUAGAUGGAGAUGGAAUAGGUGACGCUUGCGAUCCAGAUAUCGAUAACGAUGGAAUCUUAAAUGAGCGGGAUAACUGUCCGAAAAAAGCAAACUCCAACCAGUUAGAUAGCGACGGAGAUGGAAUAGGUGAUGUUUGUGACAACUGUCCCGCGGUUUCAAAUGUUAACCAGAUGGAUUCUGAUAACGAUUUGAUAGGUGAUGCUUGUGACAGCGAUAUCGAUAGAGAUCGAGACGGUAUACAAGACAGUAGGGAUAAUUGUCCUAAGCUAGCCAACUCAGAUCAACUGGAUACUGAUGGUGACGGAAGAGGUGAUUUAUGCGAUCCAGAUGCAGAUAACGACGGAAUUCCUAAUGCCGAAGAUAAUUGUCCAAUUGUCUACAACCCAGAUCAGAUGGAUGCAAACAAUGAUGGCGUUGGCGAUAUCUGCGAGGAAGACUUCGAUUUGGACAAAAUUCCAAAUUAUUUGGACAACUGUCCCAAUAAUUCCAAAAUCUUUUCAACUGACUUCAGAACGUAUCAGACCGUCGUGUUGGAUCCGGAGGGUGAUUCACAAAUUGAUCCCAACUGGGUAAUCUAUAAUAAAGGAGCUGAAAUUGUGCAAACUCAGAAUAGUGACCCUGGAUUAGCGGUGGGAUAUGAUGCAUUUGGCGGAGUUGAUUUUGAAGGCACAUUUUUCAUUGAUACGGAAAUAGAUGAUGAUUAUGUUGGAUUCAUAUUCAGUUAUCAAGAUAACCAUAAGUUCUACGCUGUUAUGUGGAAGAAAAAUAUACAAACCUAUUGGCAAGCAACACCUUUCCGUGCGUCGGCUGAACCAGGAAUCCAACUGAAACUGAUAGAUAGCAAUACCGGCCCCGGACAAAUGUUACGAAACAGUUUGUGGCACACUGGUGAUACUAAGGAUCAAGUAAAACUACUCUGGAAGGAUCCACGAAACGUUGGCUGGAAGGAACGCACUGCUUAUCGUUGGUUAUUGCUUCAUCGUCCAAAAAUAGGUUUGAUUCGUCUACGAGUGUUUGAUGGUGAAAAAAUGGUAGCUGACUCGGGCAACAUCUAUGAUUCGACCUUAAAAGGAGGGCGCCUGGGCGUGUUUUGCUUCUCGCAAGAAAUGAUCAUUUGGUCUGAUUUGGUAUAUAGGUGUAAUGACAAUGUUCCUGAGGCAAUUUAUAGAGAACUGCCCCCACGUCUCCAGAAAGAAGUUCAAAUUGACUACAAAACGUGAUAGGAUAAUGAAUUCAUUGACGAUCGUAAACUAAAUUUUCAAUAAAUAUUUAGGAUAAACAAAUAAGAUAAAAACUAUGUCGUAAAUAAAAGCUUAUUAAUCUGUAGGAA